CCAUGGCAACCUCCUUUCAACCACUCCUCUCUUCUUCAAAAGCUCUCUACACCUUUCUUUGCUUACUAGCUGUUGUGAGCUCAGCUGCACUGCUUUCCAAAUGGAUCAUCACUACUAACUCCUCAUCUUCUUCCUCCACCUUUCAUGCCAGUGUCUGUAAUGGGGCCCAUGACCCAACGUCGUGCAUAGCUAUUCUGUCCGAGGUUUCAUCGUCCGGUCCCACAGAAACCAAUGGCGGAGAUUUACUUCAGAUGCUUUUACACUCGUCCUUACGGCGAACUAGAGAUGCCAUGGAUGUGUUGACCAAUGUCACCGGGAGAGUCAACGGCCAGAAGGUCAAAUCGGGUCUUAAUAGUUGUAUGUUGUUGCUGGAGUUGUCUGUUGACUGGAUAACCAACUCUAUGGUGGCGCUCGGGAACCCAUCGGCCAAAGCCCGCUCCGACGCCCAUACUUGGUUGAGCAGCGUAUUAACGAACCACGACACGUGUUUGGACGGGCUUCACGGCCCGGCCUGGUCAACGCUGGAGCCCAUCCUGAAUGACUUGAUCGCCCGGGCAAGGUCAUCCUUGGCGAUGUUUGUUGCGGUUGCCCCGUCGGCGUCUCGUCAGGAUGAUCUCUGGCCACUCAACCGCAAGUUCCCAUCUUGGGUCCGCCCCAGAGAUAGACGACUGUUGGAAUCUUGGGUGGACGCCGCCGUGGCAUCCUAUGUGGUGGUGGCGGCCGACGGAAGCGGGCAUUACACAACCGUCACAGAAGCAAUUUACGCCGCGCCAGAUAGUGGCACGACACGUUAUGUUAUACACGUCAGGGCAGGAACGUACGUAGAAAAGGUUGAGAUAGGGUGGUUAAAGACAAAUUUGAUGCUCGUCGGCGACGGGAUGGAUGCGACAAUUAUCACUGGCUGCGCGAGCGUUGAUGAUGGAAAAGCCACAUCCGAGACUGCUACGGUUCAUGGCCCAAGACAUAACCUUCCAAAACUCAGCGGCGCCACUGAAGCACCAAGCGGUGGCACUAAUGGUAGGAUCAGAUCAAUCCAUCUUCAACCGCGUCAAAAUUGACGGAUAUCAAGACUCGCUCUACGCCUACGCCGGCCGGCAAUUCUAUCAGGAAUGCAACAUCACCGGUACCGUCGACUUUAUCUUCGGCAAUGCGGCGGCCGUUUUCCAGAACUCCCAAAUCUUGGCCCGCAGGCCCGCACACGGGCAGCCCACGUGCAUCUCAGCCCACGGUCGGCUCGAUCCAAACCAGAACACGGGCCUAUCCUUCCAAAGUUGUACAGUGAUUCCAAGCCCAGAUCUGGAGCCGGUUAAAGCAGAUAAUAAACUAACAACGUUGGGCCGGCCUUGGACACUUUACUCCAGGACCAUGUACAUGCAGUCCUACCUGGACGAUCACAUAGAUCCACUUGGGUGGGAACCAUACGAUGGUACCGUCGGGUUGGACACGUGUGAUUAUGCCGAAUACAUGAACACUGGACCCGGCGCCGGAACUAGCCAGAGAGUUAAAUGGAAAGGCUACCACGCCAUCACUAACGAGGUGGAUGCGCAGUCGUUCACGGUGGAUCAGCUUCUCCAAGGCCAUUCGUGGUUGAAAGCUUCCGGCGUGUCCUACACUCUUGGCCUGUAGACUACGGGGAACCGAAAUUGAAGCAACGCCAAUUAUAUUUGGAGAAUUUGAGUUGUAAAACAUUGUCGUUGUAAUAGGAACACACUAGUAUGUGGAGUUGUCAAGUUAUUACAAAUGAAAUACGAGUAUGUGGUUAAUAAUUACUAGCUCCGUUUCAUUUUAUAUGUCUCACUUUGACUCGACACGAUUAUUAAUAAAUUGAUUAAAAAAGUAACAAUUGUGGUUGAAGUUUGAGUAUAAUAAAGUAAAAUGGUGUAACUAG